AUGUUGCGCACACAGAAGAUCAUUCCAGCCUUUACCACAUGUGCCCGCAGCUUUGCAACAGUUACCCACUCUGUCCAGCCUGGAGUCGUUCAACCUUCUUCUCAAGAAGUAAAGAACUUGACUCUGGACUCGAGAAAUCUUGAAAAGGCUGUGAGACACAUGCACAGAGAUGGGCUGGUUGUCGUGGAAGAUGCCGUGCCUCACCAAGAUAUUGAUCUUCUUAACAAGAAGAUGAUUGAAGAUGCCCAAGUCUUGCAAGCUCGAGGUGAUAAAGGCCCCUUCAAUUACAACAAGGGAAACAUUCAACAGGACGCUCCUCCCGUGGCCGAGUUCUUCAAGCCAUCCAUAUUUACAAAUCCUAUCGCUACGCAGAUCACUUCUGCAAUGCUAGGAACAAGGCCCAAGUGGACUUUUUGCUCUGCCAACUCCGCCAUGGCAACUCUCCCUGGCGGAACUCCUCAAAGACAACCGGUUCACUCAGACGCAGACUUCGCGCACCCUGAUCACCCUUUUGCCCUUGUAAUCAACAUCCCUCUUGUCACAACUACACCAGAGAAUGGAUCCACAGAGGUCUGGCUUGGCACACACAAUGGGUUCGGUCUAGAUGCACAAGAAGGCGCUCACGGUGAAAGAGCCAGCGGUCGCAUCAGAGAAGACCUUCUCUGCCAACGUGAAAAGAUCUCACCUCCUAUACAGGCCAUCAUCAAGAAGGGUAGUAUCAUCGUUCGCGAUCUGAGACUUUGGCAUGCGGGAAUGCCCAACUUGACGAAGCAGACCAGGGUAAUGCUCGCCAUGAUCCACUUCGCUCCGUGGUACAGAAACAGAAUGAGACUUGAGUUUGGCGAAGAUGUGAAGCCUAUUCUGGAGGGUUUGGAAAGAGAGGGGAAGUUAGGACUGGAUGUACCAGUAGAUUGGGCGACCAGGGAAGCUGUGCUUGAGGGUUACUUGAAUCGAGGCUUCGGCAAUAGCUACGAUUUUAGCCAAGAAGCUUGA